GUAUAUACUGUAUAUAUAUAUAUGAAAGGAACAUUCCUUGAUCACACAUCUCUCCAAGCAUAGAAUCUUAUCACAUAGCUGACUUUCUCUCUCUAACCUCUCUCUUUCCGAUCUUCAUAAAAGCUGUAACUGAGUCUCCAUGAAUUACAGAAACUUAGCAGAGAUUUUCUGCGUGAAGCCCAGAUCGAGAACGAAGACAAUGGAGGGAGAGAUCCAGAGAUCAGCCGCGGGCAAGGUGACGACCAUUCAUGGAGAAGUGGUCGUGAUGAAGAAGAACGUUCUCGACUUCAAAGACGUCAUGGCCUCUGUUCUCGACCGUGUUCAUGAGCUACUCGGCCGUCGUGUCUCAAUCCAGCUCGUCAGCUCCGUCCAACCCGACCCAGGAAAUGGGCGGAGAGGGAGGCUUGGAAAGGCCGCACACUUGGAGAAGUGGGUGACGAAGAUCAAAUCGGCGGUGACCGCCGAGGAAACCGCGUUUGCAAUCGCGUUUGAGUGGGACGAGUCGAUGGGGACGCCGAGUGCGUUUGUGAUAAAGAACCACCACCGAAGCCAGUUCUUUCUCAAGUCUGUCACUCUCCAUGAGGUUCCCGGUGGCUCCGGGCCUGUCCACUUUGUCUGCAACUCUUGGAUCUAUCCUUGGCACCGAUAUGGUUAUGAUCGUGUCUUUUUCUCCAACCAGGCAUAUCUCCCGAAUGAAAUGCCGGAGUUGUUGAAAGAAAUUAGAGAAGAUGAGUUGAAAAAUUUGAGAGGAAAUGGCAACGGAGAACGCAAGGAAUGGGACAGGGUUUAUGAUUAUGAUGUUUUCAAUGAUUUGGGAUCUCCGGACAAAGGUCAAGACUCUGCUCGUCCUGUCCUCGGCAAUUCGCUUGAAUAUCCUUAUCCUCGACGAUGUCGAACCGGUCGUAAACCUACCAAAGUUGAUUCAAAGUCGGAGAGUAGACUUCCGCUGCUAAGCCUGGACAUAUACGUCCCUCGGGACGAAAGAUUCAACAUGGUGAAGUUCUCCGACUUCAUUGCUUACGCUCUUAAAUCUGUGACCCAAGUCAUCGUCCCGGAAAUCGGUUCUCUUUGUAGCAAGAAUAUGAAUGAGUUCGAUAGUUUCGACGAUAUUUUUAGUCUUUACGAAGGUGGUAUUAAACAUCCUGAUGCUCAUGUCAUCUCCAAAAUUCGUGAUCUGCUUCCAUGGGAGAUGUUCAGAGAGCUCGUACGUAAUGAUGGUGACCAGUUUUUGAAGUAUCCAAUGCCCAGUAUCAUCAAGGAGAGUAGGUCUGCUUGGAGGUCUGAUGAGGAGUUUGGUCGGGAAAUGAUUGCCGGUCUAAAUCCACUUGUCAUCAGACGUCUCCUGGAGUUUCCUCCAGUAAGCAAGUUGGAUUCAAAUGUGUAUGGAAACCAACACAGUUUCCUACGGGAAGAAGACGUCGAGAUCAACAUGGAUGGUCUCACCAUUGAUGAGGCAUUGAAACAAAACAAACUAUACGUUUUGGAUUACCAUGACUCAUUGAUGCCAUAUCUAAGACGGAUUAAUUCGACUGGUGCAAAAUUAUAUGCAACUCGGACCGUGCUGCUCCUUAAAGAUGAUGGGAUUCUGAUGCCUUUGGCCAUAGAGUUGAGUCUUCCGCACCCGCAAGGCGAAAAACAUGGAGCUGUCAGCAAAAUCUUCACACCGGCUGCUAAAGGAGUUGAGGGUUCGAUUUGGCAGCUCGCUAAGGCUUACGUUGCAAUCAAUGAUUCUGGUUAUCAUCAGCUCAUUAGCCAUUGGUUGCACACUCAUGCUACUAUGGAGCCUUUCAUUAUCUCGGCAAACAGACAAUUGAGCGUGGUUCAUCCGAUCUACAAACUUCUGCAUCCUCAUUUUCGUGACACCAUGCAGAUCAAUGCAUUGGCCCGUCAUAUCCUUAUCAACGCUGAUGGUGUGCUCGAAAGAACUGUAUUCCCGGGCAAAUUCUCUAUGGAAUGGUCUUCUUCGCUUUAUCGGAAUUGGGUUUUCACUGAUCAAGCUCUUCCUGCUGAUCUUCUUAAGAGAGGUGUGGCGGUUCCGGAUCCAAGCAGCGAUGGUGGUAUUCGUCUUUUGAUCGGGGAUUAUCCGUAUGCUGUUGAUGGACUUGAGAUCUGGUCAGCCAUUGAGACAUGGGUCACAGAGUAUUGUUCGUACUAUUACAAAACCGACAAAGCUAUCCAGGUUGACACUGAGCUACAAGCAUGGUGGUCAGAACUUCGAAAUGUAGGCCAUGGCGACAAAAAAAAUGAGCCUUGGUGGCCGAAAAUGCAGUCUCGAUCCGAACUUAUCCAAGCUUGCACAAUCAUCAUCUGGAUUGCAUCUGCUCUUCAUGCAGCUGUUAACUUCGGACAAUAUCCAUAUGCCGGUUUUCUUCCUAAUCGACCUACGGUUAGUCGUCGAUUCAUGCCUGAACUAGGUACGGAAGAGUACGAGGAAUUGAAGAAAGAUCCUGAUGUUGCAUACUUGAAGACGAUCACCCCACAGUUUCAAACAUUGCUUGGAAUCUCUAUCAUUGAGGUUCUCUCUAUGCAUUCAACGGACGAACUUUACUUGGGGCAAAGAGAAUCUCCGAAUUGGACGGCUGAUGAUGAGAUUCUUGCUAUGUCGAAAAGAUUCACGGUGAGGCUUGAGCAGAUCGAGAACAAUAUCAUCAAGAGGAACAAUGCUAAGAACUUGAAAAAUCGGUUUGGUCCGGUUAAGAUGCCGUACACUUUGUUGUAUCCAAACACUUCGGAUUAUACAAGGGAAGGUGGCAUGACCGGUAAAGGAAUACCAAAUAGCAUUUCGGUUUAGAGAUUUGUGUCGGGUAAAAGGUGGUCGAAAUAUAUAUAUAAUAAUAAUCAUAUAAUAUGGGGAAUUAUGAAAGCAGAGUCGGAGUCUGUACCUUGGAGACUACGGUUUUGUGUUUACAAAUAUAUAAUGAAAUUAUUAAUUAGAUCUUGUGUGA